GACCCUCUAAUUCCCAAUCUUCCUCUCUUCUCCUUACCCUUCUUCUCCUAAUUCCGAUUUUCUCCACUUCCCCGCCAUUUUUUCAAAUUCCCGUUUCUUCUUUCUUCGAUCACCCCCUUUCCAUUCCCACCUAGGGUUCCGCCUCUUCUCUUCCCAGUUUUAAUCUUUCAGCUGGUGUUCUAUCAACAAAACGUUGUUGUUAUAUAUAGUGAUUCAUGUCUUCAAUGGCUAACCAUGAUUUGAUACUUGGCCAAAGUCAUAAAUUAGCACUUGGCCAUGACCAGCAACUGAUGCUGAGCCAUAAUCAUAGUUUGGGCCUCAGUGAGAAUCAUGAUUUGGAAUUGGGACAAACUGGUGAUCAACAUUUAGGUCUUGGUCAAACUGAUCAACAUUUGGGUUUGGGACAAACUGAUCAACAUUUGGGCCUGGAACAAACUGAUCAACAUUUGGGUAUGGGACAAACUCAUGAUCAUGAACUGUGCUUAGGAGAUGCCCAUGACCAUGAAUUGGGUUUAGGACUGAACCAUGAUGAUGAAGGAGAUGCUGUUCACACUUAUGGGCAUGAGAAUGAGUUAGCCGUGGUGGAUCAAAAACCUGAUCUUGAUGACCAUGAGAUGCCCAUUCCCACACAAAAUCAUGAGUUGGCCAUACCGGAGAACAAUGAUUUGUCUGUUUCAGAAAGCCAGGAAUUUGAUGAGAACAUGGCUUUGACUGUGAUCCAUAAUCCAGAUAUGAGUAUUGAUUCUGCUGAUGAUGAUAUGGGUGUUCAUGAAUCCCAGCUUAUGGUUACCACACCCCUUGUAAUUCAGGCUCGUACAUCAGCUAUAAGUCCUAGUUAUGAAUUGUCAGUGGGACAAGAAUUCCCUGAUGUUAAAAGUUGCCGGAGGGCAUUGAGGGAUACAGCAAUCGCUCUGCACUUUGAGAUACAGACUAUAAAAUCUGACAAGACCCGCUUUACUGCUAAAUGCCGAAGUGAUGGAUGUCCUUGGCGAAUUCAUGCGGCAAAGCUCCCUGGGGUCCCAACUUUUACUAUUAGGACAAUCCAUGAGAGUCAUACAUGUGGAGGAAUUUCGCAUCUUGGCCAUCAGCAAGCCUCAGUUCAAUGGGUUGCUAGCUCUGUGGAGCAAAGGCUAAGGGAGAACCCUAAUUGCAAGCCAAAGGAGAUACUGGAAGAGAUUCAUAGGGUUCAUGGCAUCACUUUGUCAUACAAGCAAGCAUGGAGAGGCAAGGAGCGCAUCAUGGCUGCAAUGCGUGGAUCUUUUGAAGAGGGAUAUCGCUUACUUCCACAGUACUGUGAACAGCUGAAACGCACAAACCCAGGCAGUAUCGCAUCUGUUUAUGGAAACCCAACUGAUAAUUGCUUCCAACGCCUCUUCAUAUCCUUUCAAGCAUCAAUAUAUGGUUUUUUAAAUGCCUGUCGACCACUUUUGGAGCUUGAUAGGGUGUAUUUAAAGAGCAAGUAUCUUGGUACAUUACUUCUUGCUACUGCAUUUGAUGGUGAUGGGGCUCUCUUUCCUUUGGCAUUUGGUGUUGUUGAUGAGGAGAAUGAUGAUAAUUGGAUGUGGUUUCUGUCUGAACUUCGUAACCUGCUGGAGAUUAACACUGAAAACAUGCCAAGGCUUACAAUUUUGUCUGACAGGCAGAAGGGAAUUGUAGAUGGUGUGGACACAAAUUUUCCUACUGCUUUCCAUGGAUUUUGUAUGCGUCACUUGAGUGACAGCUUCCGCAAGGAGUUUAACAACACGAUGCUUGUUAGUCUUCUGUGGGAAGCAGCUCAAGUUCUUACUAUACUUGAAUUCGAAGCAAAAAUUUUAGAGAUUGAAGAAAUAUCACAUGCUGCUGCAUAUUGGCUUCGAAGUAUUCCACCUCAUUUGUGGGCUACUGCAUAUUUUGAGGGGCAAAGUUUCGCCAAUUUGACGGCUAACAUAGUUGAAUCUUUAAACACAUGGAUAUUAGAUGCAUCUGGGCUUCCAAUAAUUCAAAUGAUGGAAUGCAUUAGAAGGCAGCUGAUGACAUGGUUUAACGAGCGGCGAGAGACGAGUAUGCAGUGGACAUCAAUACUUGUACCUUCUGCUGAGAGACAUGUUGCAGAGGCUCUUGACCGUGCACGAACACACCAGGUACUUCGUGCCACUGACGCAGAAUUUGAAGUUAUAUCUCACGAAGGAACAAAUACUGUUGACAUUAGGACGCGUUGCUGUCAUUGUCGCGGGUGGCAGCUCUAUGGUUUGCCUUGUGCACAUGCUGUGGCUGCACUUCUGUCUAUUAGGCAGAAUGUGCAUAGAUUCACAGAGAGCUGUUUUACUGUUGCAACGUAUAGGAAGACGUACUCACAGACCAUUCAUCCAAUUCCUGAUAAGUCUCUGUGGAAGGAGUUAUCUGAGCCUGAAGGGGAUGUCAAUGCUAUUGCUUCCCAAUCUGAUCAACAACUUCAACUUCAACUUAUUAUUAACCCUCCUAAAUCACUCAGGCCACCGGGACGGCCCAGAAAGAAACGGGUUCGGGCAGAAGACCGUGGCCGUAUAAAACGGGUCGUUCAUUGUAGUCGUUGCAAUCAAACAGGACACUUUAGAACCACCUGUGCAGCCCCCAUCUAAGUCUCAUUUAACUGCCCAUCAUUAUUUAUUUAUGUUUUCUAGCUUAGACCAAUGAUGUUUUUUUUUUUUUAUUUCCUUUACAUUAAUGUGAAUUAAUUUGUUUCAGCUGCGCUGUGUAUUUAUAGUCAAUUAAUUUGUAUUGUUUAAUAGCGCAUUAA